UAAUUUGACGACGGUACUGCGCGUCGCUGGCUCACUUAACGUCCGACCGGUCGAGUAACGCUGUCAAUUGAAAGCGCGAUUGACAGAACGAGCUUAUGUAAGCGACGUCCUCUCGCUGCCGAUCGCAUCGCGCUCGACUUAUAAAUCCUCGGCGGCGGUAAACAGCGGCCGUGACUGCCGACGCGCCGGCGUCCCUCUGUCAAUACGCUCGUUAUCGGGCUUGCCUGUUUUGUUGUGUUGGGAUCACGCCUGAAAGAUACAACGAAGCUCGUCACGGCAAUCAUGAGCGGCAACACGAAGCGGACCAUCUACGUAGGUGGUUUAGCCGAAGAGGUCGAUGAAAAGGUGUUACACGCGGCGUUUAUACCCUUUGGAGAAAUUGUUGAUGUUCAAAUACCAUUGGACUACGAGUCUGAAAAGCACAGGGGAUUCGCAUUUAUUGAAUUUGAAACGGCAGAGGAUGCAGCCGCCGCUAUAGAUAACAUGAACGACUCGGAAUUGUUUGGCCGGACAAUAAGGGUAAAUAUCGCUAAGCCGCAAAAGAUAAAGGAAGGCUCAUCGAAGCCGGUAUGGGCGGACGACACUUGGCUGCAAGAGCACGCCGGCGAGACGUUGAAAAAUGACGACAGCGCAAAGACAAAUGAUUCGGUUGCGCAACCGAAGAAGGCGAAGCAGAAUCCUCAGGUUUACUUUGACAUAAGCAUAGGAAAGCAAGAAGUGGGCAGAGUUAUCAUGAUGUUACGCGCGGAUAUUGUACCGAAGACCGCAGAGAACUUUCGAGCACUUUGCACGCACGAAAAGGGCUACGGAUAUCAGGGCAGCACCUUGCACAGGAUUAUUCCAGAUUUUAUGUGUCAAGGAGGUGAUUUUACGAAUCACAAUGGCACAGGCGGAAAGUCGAUCUACGGCAACAAGUUCGACGAUGAGAAUUUCGAAUUGAAACACACGGGCCCGGGAACCUUGUCGAUGGCCAAUUCUGGCCCAAACACGAACGGAUCGCAAUUUUUCCUCUGCACAGCCAGAACGGACUGGCUGGACGGAAAGCACGUUGUCUUCGGACAUGUCCUCAGCGGAUUAGAUGUAGUUCGAAAGGUUGAAAAGUGUGGAACGAAAGCAGGCACGCCGACACAAAAGGUCGUCAUAACUGCUUGCGGAGAAUUAGUAUAAUUAUUUUUGUAUAUACAUAAAGUGUUUUGUAAUAUAUUAAAGCUUGCAAAAAAUAAA